AUGCAGCUCGUCCACUCGAAGCCGGUGUCCAAUUGGCGUGCCGAUGUCCAAACGCUUGUGCAAGAAAUUGUAUCACCUCAAGAGAUCGCAUGGAUGGACGACGAUGCGGAAGACGCUGUGUACGUGCGCAGGGCGAUUAAGGAAGUCCAGAUUCGCCUGAAAAAGGACAAGGCCCCGCAGACGAUCGCGGCUCGAAUGGCGGUCGCUAAACGCCUCGCGCGCCUUCCAUGCCUCCUCGCGCACUGUGAUGGGACAGACUGCGAGUCGCACAUCGAUCCUGCCGCGAGCUGCGUGCACAGGCUGCUGCCAGUCCUCGCCCACUUAUGCGACCCUUGCGAAGAGGAGAUCACGCCGGCCUUGAAAAGAGCUGUACUGGACCCUUUGGCUAGCUUCCUCAAGCACCAUUCUUGCGACACGCCAGCCUCGCUGGAGCAGCCCACCCGCACUGUCAUGUACGGUCUGGUCGAUAAGGACCGCGGUGUACGGAUGGCAGCAGGACGCGCCAUGAAGGCCCUUUUUGCCGUGUAUGACGCUGGCGGAAUGGCGACAGCGCGCAUAAUGACUCCGAUAUUCGAUGAUAUCUACCGCAUCGCCAACCAAGGCAAGGCACCUAUCACGGAGACACUCCUGCUGAGUGUCUGCGCUGCGACGAAAGCAGCGUCUGCGGAAAUUCUCGGUCAAGGGUUCUGUUUCCUGAUCGCGCAACUUGCUCGUCAAAAUCCCAUGAUCAAAGGUAUUGCCUUCACGCAGAUCCAGUCGAUGGCGCGUCACCAGAACAGUCAUCCGUAUAAGCUCUACUUGGCUCACAUCCAGCGCAUCGCCCCUUAUGUGGCAUUCCGGGUCUGCUCUCAGCCGAGCCUAAUCGUCGAAGUGUGCAAAGUAUUCGAGGUCCAACGGAGCGACUUCAUCACCGUCAGCCACCCCUACACGCUGCCGCACCUCUUCGCAGCCCGCGAGGGCGAGGUCAUCGAGCAGCUCUUCACGAUGAGCGGUGGUUUACGCCAGCAGUUGCUCAACACUGCCAGUUUGAUCCUCGCUCGAAUAUUCCGCGCAUCCACGAUGGAGCGUACUGAGGAGGCCAUCCAGUUCCUGAUAGCGUUUUGUGAGAAACACGCCGAGGGUGAAGGAGCCAAUCUGCAGAACAUAGUCCGCAUUUACGAGGUCUCCACUCUCACUGAGCUUGUUGUCGACCUGGGCAGCAGCGACGAGGAAACCCGUGAGAUCGGUGCUGACGCGAUAGUCAGGCUGCAAGAGGUUUUGGGAGAAGGGAGGUUAGAGCAGCACGUCUGGCUGAAGAACAAGAUGCUUGGAGUGAUAUCGUGUGUCGGCAAUAUGCUGCAAGACAAGUCGGGCAAGAAGACCGCCGAGCAGAAGCGCAUGAUACUGCGCGGACUCGGCGCCUUCAUCAGUCGCGUUGGACCAGCUAUAAGGCACAUUGCUCCUCAGAUCAUGGCGUGCUAUCAAAGUGUCAUAUCUGCCCCGGAGCUGACGGAAGCCACCCUUGAGUCCUGGCUCAUCUUCCUGCAGACGUUGGAGUGGGCGGAUAUUGGCGAGGUCGUUGGGACCACCAGCUCUACAUUUGUCCUCAACUGGCCUUCCUUCACCCCCGGCGCGCGACAGAUAGUUCGGCAGGCGCUGGAGUACCUGGUGCCGGCUGGCGAGAACACGUUAGGCCCCGCUCUACGGGAGUGCGCCGACUUCAGCGCCGUCGAAGAGCUCAAGGACAUCCAGCGUCGUCUGGACGGACUCAAGAUGCACAUGCCAGCCAGCGAGAAAUUGGACGCGAUAUUGGCCCGAGCCGUCAGCCUGAAUAUGACAGUCGCUCUGCAAGCCCAUCUGGAGCUCAGGUCCUUUGCGACAAUGAACAAGGCGUUCUUUGCUCGGCUCGCAUCUGGCGACAUGUUCGAUCCCCUCAUCGGCCAGGCGCUGUACGCUCUCAUUACAUCGGCCUGUCGAAACGGCGACGACAAUGGACAAAUCCGCGCGCUCGCCUUCGAAUGCAUGGGUAUCAUUGGCGCCAUGGACCCGGACAGAUGCGAGUUGCCGCCGGUUGAGACCUCGAUGAUCGUCAUGAAGGACUUCGAAGACGAGGACGAAGCGAUCGCCUUCGUGAUCUCCCUCUUGCAGAAUCUUCUUGUCGUCACUUUCCGGACAGCGACCGACACGAGUUUCCAGAAUACGGUCGCAUUCAUCAUCCAGGAGUUAAUGAAGUUCUGCAAGUUCGUACCAGAGCUUGUAUCUGUCGACCGCGGAGGACCAGUUUCCAUCAAGGUCAGAAAUCGGUGGAAUAGCCUUCCGAAAUUCGUCUCGGAGGUUAUAACGCCCUACUUGGACGGACGGUUGGGUAUCGGCGGCAACGCCGCUGGUUCAGACGCCAUCGAUCUCCCCGUUUACUCGCGAAAAGCGGAAUACCGAGAGUGGAUGCAGCAUCUGAGCUUCCAGCUGAUCGAAAGGAUUACACAAGAGACAGCCUCCCGCAUAUUCUACCCAUUCCGAUUGUGUAUCAGACACCACGACGUCGUGAUCCCUCACCAUCUGCUACCCCAUCUGGUCCUGCACCUUCUCAUAUCGGGCACCGAGAACGACAUCGACUUCGUUAUGGGAGAAAUUAUAGCGGUCCUUGAGGACGUCGCUAACCCGGAGAGUCGCUCGACGCCGGAGAAGCGCCUUCUGAGUGCUCAGGCCGUCUUCAUGUUGCUUGACCACCUCAACAAGUGGAUACGCUUGACCCGUCAGGACAUCGCCAAACGCAAGAAAAUGGACCCCAGAAGUCGCAAGACAACCGUCCUGAAAGUGGAAGGCUGGCUCGUUCGCGUGGACAGCGCUCUAUCUGCUAUCAACGAGAAGUUGAUGGCAGAGGCCGCCCUUGAGUCUCGCUCGUACGCGCGGGCUUUAAUGGGCUUCGAGCGGCUUACCAGAACACUCCGCGAACGCAACAUGACACACCCCGAUCUUCCGACGUAUUACGAGCGCCUUCACGAACUCUACUCGCAUUUGGAUGAGCCGGACGGCAUGGAGGGCGUCUCCACCUUGAUUUUGUCGCCUUCGCUAGAGCACCAGAUUCGUGAACACGAGAGCACUGGCAGAUGGACGUCAGCCCAAAGUUGCUGGGAGGUUCGUCUACAGCAGUCGCCGGACGAUAUUACCUUCCAUCUCGGCUUGCUUCGUUGCUUGCGUAAUCUGGGACAUUAUGACACUCUUCGAACCCAUGUGCGGGGAGUCCUUGUUCGCCAUCCAGAAUGGGAAUCAACUUUAGCAGGCUAUGCAGUCGAGAGCGCAUGGAUGGUCGGCGCAUGGGACGACGUCGCAGCACUCACUAGCGGGACGACAACGAACGCCCCACAGAUAUUGAUUGCCAAAGUCAUGCUGGCUAUGCGAGAGGACGAUGCCGCCCAGGUCAACGCUGCUUUGGAGAUCGCGCGUGCGGCUCUGGGACGAACCGUGGUCGCUGCAGGGGUUUCUGGAUAUCGGCGGUCCUAUGAGGCCACGUUGGACUUGCAUAUGACGCACGAGCUGGAGCUCAUUUACCGGACCUUAAGAGACGACGACUCAGUGCGCCGACGCCACAGCAUGGCAAACCUGAUGCACGAACUGUCUACGCGCCUAGACGCGACUUUGCCUGCCUUCCGAAUCCGGGAGCCCAUUCUCAGCAUGCGCAGGGCCGCGUUUUCGAUGGACCCGAAUGCCGAUUCGAAUGCCUCUGAUCAAGUAGGACGCCUUUGGCUAUCCAGUUCGAAGAUCGCGCGGAAGGCCGGCCAAUGGCAGACCGCAUAUAGCGCGCUUCUCCAAGCACAACAGAGCAAAGCUCCAUAUUCUUUCAUCGAAAGCGCGAAGUACGUGAAGGCGAUCGGGGAGCCACUACGCGCGCUGCAGGAGCUCGAGAACUCGAUGAAGCUCAUCGGUAUCCUGGACGACAACAUGUACGACCUCACUGUCGAUCAGUCGGAGCUCAAGGCCAUCAAGGCCAAGGCUCACUUGCUACGGGCUCGUUGGAUGAAUGAAUCUGACCGGUACGAUCCGAGCACCAUACUCAAAGGCUACACCAAGGCGACAGACUUCAGUCCACAAUGGGAAAACGGACAGUUCAGGUUAGGACAGUUCCACGACAACGCCUAUAAAGACGUGCUGGAGAAUACUCCCAGAAUGUGCCGGAUGCUCUUUCACGUUGUCAAGGCGUUCGCGAAGGCCAUGCGUUUCGGCUCCAAGUACAUAUAUCAAACGGUUCCGCGCCUUCUGACGAUAUGGCUGGAUAUCAGCGACAAGCCCGAAGUCCUCGCGAGUACAGCGACCGAGAAGCCGAGGGCCGAGCCCGUAAUUAUCGACGUUUUCCGUGAUAUGUGUCAGUCCGUCGAGGACGCCAUAAAGAAGGUGCCAGCGUACAAGUGGUACACGGCAUUCCCCCAAAUAGUCUCGCGCAUUGGCCUGCAAAAUGGUCAGGCCUACCAGAUGCUCUCCUCGCUCGUUUGUAAGGUGAUCUCGGAAUAUCCAAAUCAAGCCCUGUGGCUAUUCGCAUCCGUUGUAAAGUCGAAGCAAGAGCUGCGCAGGACUCGCGGAAGGGAAAUCAUGGCGAAGCUGCGGCAUAUGCCAUCCGGUGGACGCUCUCAUCUCGCGCAGAUCAUCGCUAGCUCGGAACUCAUGACGACCAACCUGCUUCGUGUUUGCGAAUACGGCGUAGACAAGGCGACGUCGUCGUUGUCUCUAUCGAAACAAUUUCCUGAGCUCAACAAGAUAGGCCAUUCAAACCUCAUCAUUCCCCUGCAAGAAUCGAUGACUGUAAGUCUACCACCGGCGUCCAGCGACGACGCGUCGCAUAAGCCAUUCCCCGAUGAGCUGCCCACGUUCAACGGCUUCAACGACGAAAUCGACGUUAUGGCAACGCUGGCGAAACCCAGGAAGAUCACUAUACGUGGCAGCGAUGGGCAUACCUAUAUGUUCUUGGGCAAGCCGAAGGAUGACCUGCGCAAAGACGCUCGCCUCAUGGACUUGUUUGCUAUGAUCAACAAGCUGUUCAAGGCGGAUUCCGAGUCCCGACGCAGACAACUACAGAUACGCACUUACGGCGUGAUCACACUUAACGAGGAGUGCGGGUUCAUACAAUGGGUGCCGAACGUCACGCCCAUACGGCCCAUCUUGACCAAGCUCUGGGCCAGCCGUGGCAUACCCGCUUAUGUGAGUCGACAAUCCGAUGGAUAUCAACAUCGUGCUCACACUUGUGCCCUACAGUACCCUCCGGUCUUCCAUGAACACUUCCUCGAGACUUUCCCGGAACCGACGGCCUGGUUAACCAGCCGGCUGAACUUCUCGCACACGAGUGCAGUGAUGUCGAUGGUGGGCUACAUCCUUGGCCUCGGAGACCGCCAUUUGGAGAACAUCCUCCUGGACAUCAAUACAGGACAGGCGAUACAUGUUGACUUCAAUUGUCUGUUUGAAAAGGGGAAAGCUCUCACCGUCCCGGAACUGGUACCCUUCAGGCUGACCCAGAAUAUCGUUGACGCAAUGGGCGUAACGGGAGUGGAAGGCUUCUAUCGUAUCAGCUGCGAAGUCACUAUGAAGAUCCUGCGAAACAAUAAGGACUCGAUCAUGAGCGUCCUGGACGCGUUCAUUCAUGACCCGCUUGUCGAAUGGGAGGAGGACAAACGCAAUUUGGCUCGUAGGCAGGAAAGACAGAAGAACGCCAAUGCCAUCCGGGCAAAGACUGACCUCAACGCGCUGGCGCACAAUGCGCUGGGCCUGAUUGGCCGGAAACUGCAAGGGGAGAUUCAGGAUAAGAGGGAUAGCUCCUUGUGGAAAGAAGUCUCGACUGGGAAACUCGUGCAGUCCCUGAUAGAGGAAGCAACGAGUCCCACGAACCUUGGACGCAUGUACCCUGGUUGGGGUCCUUGGGCUUAGUUCUUGUGGUCCACCUGCGUAUCUGAUGCAGCAUUUGUACUUGGUGUGCGCCACACUACGCCGUGCCUCAGUUUUCCCAAGAGACGCUUAUCUUCACGACCAUUGUUCUUUCGACAACGACUUGGCAUAGUAUGUACAGAUACCUAUAAGUUACAUUACCCGUAGUCUAUUUUACAGAGCCAUCCGGGCGCGCAAGCCAGGCGCUCCCGAAUUCCAGGCGGAGAAGAGCUACACGACCGACGUCCGCAUGAGAGGGUAUGUACGUGCACGCGUCAGAUGUAUAAGCAGGUAGUA